AUGUCAGGCUCACAAUCGCUGCAAGCUUCCAUCCAUGCCCCCAAGGCUGGGUCGGAUCGCACGCCAGCCAAUCUGAGGCCUCCGUCGCUCAAUCAGCUCGCUGCCCGCAUCUCCCCCACACCCUCCACCCCGUCCUCUUCUCCUGCCCGCCCACGUCUCGCCGCCUCCCUCUUGCGCACUGGUUCUCAGUCGUCCCUAUCGACGAACACUACUAAUGAUUCCAUCGCUGUCAACGCGCCAUCCACCCGUUCAGGGUCUCCUGCAAUGACUAGCACAUCCUCCGCAACACCCAAGUCCACCACGAUAUCUAUCCCAGAGGAUGUUCCCCUUGAAACAGAUCCGCUCACAGAGGAUAAGCUCGAGCAGCUGAAUCAGGAAACAGCCCAAAAUACCAAGGCAGAGAAGAGGAUCAAGGGGUACAAGAACGUUCCUUCCCUCAACGACAUCACCGCACGUUUGGCAAAGACAAGGACGCUCAGCGUCGACGGGACGGCAUGUCCUCCUGAGCCGAGGAUGAUCGAGGAUCCGAAAACACCGGGGGCUGUAAUGAAGGCACCGGAACAUCCUCUUCAGUACCCAUGGACCAUCUAUCAUGAUACCAAACCUACCAAGGUCCCCUUUACUCCUGCCGUUCCCAGAACCGGGGGCGAAGAUGCGGCGCUUUUCUCUGCAGCUCCUGAGUCGGGGGAUUACGAGGCUGGUCUUACUAUCGUCGGAGAAUUUGAUACGGUGGAAUCGUUCUGUCGCUAUCUCAAUUGGCUCAAACCUCCCUCCAAGCUCGAGCGCAACUCCAACUACCACAUUUUCAAGUCUGGUAUCAAGCCUAUGUGGGAAGACCCCGCAAAUGCAAAUGGCGGGAAAUGGGUUUUGACUAUGAAAAAUAAUCCAGCACUGCUGGACAGGUGUUGGUCAUGGCUUGCGAUGGCCCUUAUUGGCCAGGAGGUGGAAGAGGGUGACGAUAUAUGCGGAGCGGUCGUGAGCCUUCGGAGCAAGGUCGACCGCAUCCAGGUCUGGACCCGGAGUAAAGACGAUGUAGAACGUCUAAAUGGGAUCGGAAAGAAGCUUGUCAAGUUGCUUGAGGUUUCUGAGGCAGACGGCAUUGGUCUUGAAUUCCAGUACAAUACAGACGAUCGACCACCGCCCAACAAAUUCAUCUCGAUCCAGGGGCUCCCAUCUACAGCAUUCCGUUCUACAUUUGCUGCUGGCAGUACUAGGGGUCCUUCGAACACGGGCGAGUCUGUAACGCCCCUCAGCGGUGGAGCUUUCGGCUCCUUCGGCAUGGGCGGUAUUGGAACUUGGAGAGGUAGUAAGAAGGCCUGA